AUGCCAGCUACGUCGCGACCAUGGGCCCUCGUCUCACCCGCAUCGCGCGGCAUCGGGCUGCAGCUAGCGCGGCGCAUCCUCCAAACGACCAAUGUCCCCGUUGUCGCAACAGCGAGAAAGGAGCUUGACAGAACCAAAGGAGAGAUCCUAAAUGGACUGAAAGUCGACGAGAGUCGCCUCGAUGUGCUCAAGGUUGACAUGCUUGACGAGACCACCAUCGAGUCCGCAGCCUCCCACUGCGCCUCCAAGUUCCCUACCAAGGGCGAUGGCGCGCACCAUCUCCACCUCGCCUACAUAAUCCCCGGCCUCCUCUUCCCCGAGAAGUCCCCCCGCCAAAUCGACGCCUCCUCCGCACUCCUCACGUUCCAAACCAAUGCGCUCGGCCCGCUGCUAAUGCUGAAGCACUUCUCGCCCUUCCUGCCCAAGAAGAACGCCUCCUUUGCCGAGGAGGACGACGCGAUGAAAGGCCUGCCGAAACAAGCAAUCAUGGGCCUCAUGUCCGCGCGUGUAGGCAGUAUAACGGACAACACCCUCGGGGGCUGGUACUCGUACCGCGCAUCGAAAGCGGCGGUGAACCAGAUCACGAAGACGUUUGAUAAUUUCCUGAGGUCUACGGCUGGAGACGCGGCGAUGGCGGUUGCGCUGCAUCCGGGGACGGUAAAGACGGAGUUGAGUAGAGAGUUUUGGGGGAAUGUGAGGGAGGAGAAGUUAUUUGAGGCGGAGUGGGUGGCGGAGAGAUUGGUUGAGAGGUUGAGGAGGGUGCUGGGCGUAGGGGAGAGGGGCAGGUGUUGGGAUUGGAAGGGGGAGGAGAUACCGCCAUGA